CUCGACUCGCGCGCCGGGCGCGCGCUGCCCCCAGUCUCGCGUUCGGCGCGGAAACGGUUAAAGCGAGGCUCCGGCGCGCGCCGACAGAGGCAGGUGUCCUGCCAGCCCCAGCCCAGUUCCAGCGUGAUGUUUUCGACUCCCCCAAAACUUAAAAGUACUUCGAAGCAAUUCAUAACUGUCAGUGGCACGCAAGGGCGAGUUCUGUGGUCGGUGGAAUAGCCCGUGUAAGUUGCAAAGCGCAACUUUGGAGCAAAGUAAACGGUAUAAAUACCGCCACUCAUCUUACCGGACCGGAGUCUCCGGAGACUGGCUUCUUGGAGAGGGAAGAGGAGCUCUGAGAGAGGACCGCCUUUUUAUCCGAGCUUCCUCUUUUUUUCACCUUUUUGUGAUUUUGUGCGUUAAACGAAACGACGUUUUUACAUAUUUUAUUUUCUUACGUAUAAAAAAAAUCUUGAAACAGCUGAAAAAGGAGGCGAAAGGGAACAGCGCGAGGAGCCUCUACUACGCCUACGGUACCCCGUUCGUCUUGCCCCUGCCCUGAAGCGCCGCUGGAGAUGUGGUGGAUGCUCUUCCCCCGCUGGAUGUGGCUGUGCGCGGGACAGCUCCUCGUGCUGCUGCCGGAGCGCGGCGCCAGGGCCAUGUCCGUGCAGAGGGUGGUGUACUCCCACGCCGGCAUCUGCCCCAACGACAUGAACCCUAACCUGUGGGUGGACGCCAUGAGCACCUGCAUGCGGGAGUGCGAGUCCGACCAGGAAUGUGAAACUUUCGAGAAGUGUUGUCCCAAUGUCUGUGGAAACAAGAGUUGCGUGGCAGCACGCUACAUGGACAUCAAGGGGAAAAAAGGACCCGUGGGAAUGCCAAAGGAAGCGACGUGCGACAAGUUCAUGUGCACUCAGCAGGGGUCUGAGUGCGACAUAUGGGACGGGCAACCGGUGUGCAAGUGCCGAGACCGUUGCGAGCGGGAACCGAACUUCACCUGUGCCUCCGAUGGCAUGACCUACUAUAACAGGUGCUACAUGGAUGCGGAAGCCUGCUCCAAAGGCAUCUCUUUGUCUGUGGUAACUUGUAGAUACCACCUCACUUGGCCAAAUACCAGUCCACUUCCCAUGGAGACGACUCUCCGCCCUACCACAGCCCUCCUGGAGACCACUCCGAUCGAUGUGCAUCCACCAGUCAUGACUGGCAACCCAGCGCAUCAGUCAGUGUUUGUUGGUGAAACAGCUAGUUUCAUGUGCGAGGUGACGGGACGACCCAAGCCAGAUGUAACGUGGGAGAAACAAGUGGAGGGGAAGGAAAAUGUUGUCAUGAAACCCAACCAUGUGCGCGGGAACGUGGUUGUCACCAACAUUGGCCAGCUUGUUAUCUACAAUGCGCAGAUCCAUGAUGCCGGAAUCUACACUUGCACAGCCAAGAAUGCUGGGGGUUCCAUACAAGCCCACUUCCCCUUGUCUGUGGUUCACAAGGACCUCUUCAAGAAAGAAGACCUGAAGAAUGCCACAAAUUUUCCUGCUGAUGAGUGCUUGAAAAUGCCAGACCAAGAGGACUGUGGAGAAGAGCGGAUGAGCUGGUACUAUGAUGCCAAAAAGAACAAUUGCUUUACAUUCACUUAUGGAAACUGCAACAACAAUAUGAACCACUUUGACACAUACGAGUCCUGCAUGCUGUUCUGUGGUGCAGAGCUGGCCCACCCUUGUGGUCUGCCCAGCCUUCAGGGGCCCUGCAAAGCCUAUGAGCCUCGUUGGGCUUACAGUAACUUGCUAAAGCAGUGUCAGUCCUUCAUAUAUGGUGGCUGUGGUGGCAACGAGAACAACUUUGAGAGUAAAGAGGCCUGCGAGGAAGUCUGUCCUUUUCCAAAAAACCAGAACUGCAAACUGUGCAAACCCCGGCAGAAGAUGGUGACCAGCUUCUGCAAGAGUGAUUUUGUCAUCCUGGGUCGCAUGACAGAGCUGACAGAGGACCAAGACUCAGGCCAUGCCCUCAUCAUGGUGGAGGAGAUCCUGAAGGAUGAAAAGAUGGGGCUCAAGUUCUUUGGCAAGGAGCCCCUGGAGGUCACACUACUGAACAUGGACUGGAACUGCCCAUGUCCCAACAUCACCACUGCAGAUGGCCAGGUGAUCAUCAUGGGGGACGUGCACAACGGCAUGGCUGUCCUGCAGCCGGACAGCUUUGUGGGUGCCUCCAGUCCUCGGCGCGUGCGUAAGCUCCGUGAAGUCGUCAACAAGAAGACUUGUGACCUUUUGAAAGAGUUCCCCAGCAUCCAGUAGGACAAAUCCACAUCUUGUAAAGACAUACUGCACGCACCAUGGCUCCAAAACCCUUAAACUCAAGGAAUUUUAAAAUAAAAUUUCUUUGAAAGAGUUUUCUGAAAGGGUGAGUCAAUUUGAGAAACAAGCUGAAUUAAAGUGUCAAAAGUUUUUUCAUAUCAUACUUUUCUUUCCUGUUGACGUGUAUUAUCUGUUGAUCCCUUUAUUUAUUUUGAAUAUGCAGCCAGUAUAUACUAUAGCUUUUGAUAACGCUCACCAAGUGCAACUCAUGAAAAUCCCUGCCCAGCUGACAUUCUUCAAGUUAGAGGUAAAAUUUAAACACACUUUAAAACUGCACUUUAUUUUUCAUACCAUGUGCAAUGCAAUUGGAAAACAUCCGUGUCUACAAAUAAACUAAGCUGUAACGCAUGACCAGCAUGUCUUUCACUGUGUUGCUUUGACUUCAUGUUUUGCGACAAUGUCUUUGUGUUGGUUAUGGAAACAUCUUGGUCAUUUCAGGAGGAGGAGGUUAAAAGCCAGAUGUUAUUGGAAUCACAGUUCUUAUUAUCUCUCCCCUGUGCUGUGUUAUUAUAGUUUUUUUUUGUUAAGUUGCACAUAUUGGGCUCCACUUAAGCACUUACUGAGAGAAAUGCCUUAACCUACAUUUAUAUAGUUAUAAAAAUUUAGCUUUUGAGUUAUGUAUUCAUUUCAUACUCUUUUUUUGUGAUUUAAAUGACCUAAUGCCUUUCAGGACAUAUAGCAAAUCCUCUGUUGUGUAUUAACAUUUGAGCUUGUAAUAUUACAGUUUUUAAAGGGUAAUGGUGGUCACCUGAGAGCAAUCGUUCAGUAAACCUUUUGUAAUAUACUCACAAUCAGAUUUUACGCCAUGCACUUGAACAAGUUGUAAUAUAUUUUCUUCAAGGUCGGUUACUAUAGAUCCCAGGAAUCAGAGCUUUUAUAUUUGCAAUAUAGCACCUUGCAAUUCAGUUAGAAUAUGAAUGUACAUGUAUUUUUGUGCUCAGUAUUACAUUUGUUUUUCUAUUUAUUUUGUGUCAAAUCAUUAUACAUCCUUUUCCUUAAGCACUUAAUUG